ACGGGAAGCGCAAUCUCUCCAUUCCCUUUGGGGAACGUCACGUGCUACACAGCGCACAUUCUAGUAAAGGGGGUUUCGAAAUCCAUUAAAGCCAGCUGUCUGAGAAAAACUGAGCACAGACCCGGGGAAUCCUGCUAGAUAAAGCUGAGUCUGCUGCGGAUGUUUUCAGAAAACUUCCAGAGCAUUUCCCACACUCAGACUACAGACUAUUAGUUAGGAGUUUAGUUGUUUCACUGACUGGUUUGGCUCAAGCGCUUUUCUACAGUUUAGUAGAAGGGUCAGGUAAUCAGCUAUUACAUUUUAACUACACGAUUUAUUUUAAGAGACAUACGUAGUUAGCUUUCGUUGUUCAGUAUUGAUUUCCUUUUAUGGUGUCAGGAUUAAAGUUGUGUGAACUAUCAGGUACGGUAGUUUAAAAGUUCUCAUAAGUUUCUUAAAAGUUUUAACAACCUGAGAACUUUGUAAAGACGUGCUUGCGUAUUAAAGAGAAUGGCAGACGGACACUUUUACACAAUAGGCAGCAGGCACAGGACUCCGAGGGACCCGUUUAGAGAGCAGCCGCUUGGGUCCCGGUUCCUGGAUGAAGAUUUUGGAAUGACCCCCUUCUCGGACGAGCUGUCAAUGGACUGGCCGGGUUGGGCUAGACCCCGACUCAGCGCUCCGUGGCCGGGUACCCUGCGCUCCGAGAUCUCGCGGGGAUCCACUGCUACCCCUCCUGGAUGUGGUGCGCGAUACUCAGCCACCGUCCCCGGGGAGCCUUGGAAAGUGUGCGUAAAUGUGCACAACUUCAAACCUGAGGAACUGACAGUUAAAACGAAGGAUGGCUUUGUAGAAGUGUCAGGCAUGCAUGAAGAAAAGCAAGAAGAAGGAGGAAUAGUUUCCAAAAACUUUACAAAAAAAAUUCAGAUUCCUGGGGAUGUUGAUCCUGUGACAGUCUUUGCCUCCUUGUCUCCUGAAGGAGUUCUUAUUAUUGAAGCUCAUCAGACUCCACCAUAUUACCUCUUUGGCAAUGACAGCGGAGGAGAGGAAACUGAGUUUAAACCUCAAGAGACAUCUGUGGCUUAGUCCCGGCACCUGGAGUAUCAGAGGUGGCCUUAAAGGUGAACCGUAAUCCUGAGAUCAUCGAGGCACAGCAUCCGAUACAAAGUAUCUCUUAUGUGAUGAGUAAUCUGAACAAUCCACUAACACGGAGCAUUCAUAAUUAAAAGAAGAUGGGGGAACAGCUGCAUUGCAUAGAAAUUAUUCACUGAUUUCUCUCUGCCACUUACAAAGCCCAAUGUUUUCCCUAAGGUUUGUGCAAUUUGUAAACAUCCACAAAGCACACCUCUAAAAGCUUCCCCUGGGGUUUUAAUUCCAAAUGGUGUGAACUGUUUGUAAUGCUCAAGCUAUAACAACUGUAUAUACAUUGGUUAAUAUUUUCAAUCAUUUGUUAUAGAGGUCUUACAAAAAAUGUGUAAUUUGCUUUUCUAUCUGUAUAUGAGAUUAUGAUUCUGAUUACCUAAUAAGUUAAGUGCCUUUGAAAUUAGUUAAAUAAAACAGAUUAUUGUUUGUUAUUUUUGAUGAGAAAUAAAAAGACAAUGCAUUCGA